UCGGUGUAUUACAACGGUCCUAGAGUACGUCUCGUCGCGUAUCGCACUGGGAUUGAUUGAAAGUAGCAAUGAAAUCAACGUAUUUCAACAGUAACGAAUUUAGCAAACACUGAACAGUCUGUCUGAAGUUGCGGGUGUUCUGUGAAAUUGUUGUGUACAACAAUUGCUAAUUUGAAAUUUGAUUCCAAAAGAGAAUGAUGAAGUUUAUUUUUCAAAAUUAUUACUUGUGAUGGACAUUGUGUCCAUAGAAAGUCAUGGUCUGAGUGAUGUCCAUAGACAAACUUCAGUGAUAUGUGUAAGAGAGAUAUUUUAAUUGUGUCUGUAAAUUGUGUAAUCAAUACAGUGAGCAUUCCCCUGAAUACAUCGGUCACUACAGGUGUUAGAAGUCAUUCCGUUCUACCAAAGAAGGAGAUUUAUUUGUGAAUGUUUCAAUAGACAGCCAUAAAAAAAGAAAAAGCUCUAAUAGAGAGGUAAAAUAGCAUUCUGAAGGCUCUCAUCACCAUCGAUACUGAUCAUUUCAACAGAAAUUGGAUCUAUCAAGAUUUCUUUAAAUCUAAAGAAGUCACUUUCACUGAAUAAUAAAUCCACUGUGAAUAUUUAGCAAAACGGUUUAUAGUGUGUGAAGUGUAAUGUCAGAAAAGGCAGCAAUGGAUAGAACAGAAAAUGGAAGUGAUGGCAGUGACUCCACAAGUGGGGACGAGAAUGUGGAGCGGGGCAACUGGUCUCGGAAGCUGGACUUCAUGUUGUCCUGUCUGAGCUAUGCUGUAGGCCUGGGCAAUGUGUGGAGAUUCCCAUAUGUCUGUUACAGAAAUGGAGCAGGAGCUUUUUUAAUCCCCUUUAUCAUUAUGCUGUUCGUGACUGGAAUCCCACUGGUUUUUAUGGAGCUUUCCUUUGGCCAGUAUGCUAGCUCAGGGGUUGUCUCUAUUUGGAAAGCUUCUCCAAUAUUUCAGGGUGUGGGCUGGGCUAUGUUCAUCGUGUCUGUGUACAUCUGUAUCUACUACAACAUGAUAAUUGCCUAUACGCUGUACUAUCUGUUUGCUUCAUUUGCCUCGGUCCUGCCCUGGAGUCUCUGUGGAGACUGGAGUACCUCAUCUUGCAGUGAGGGAGCCCGCUUUGCCAUGAAGACCUGUGCUGAGGCUAAUGGUGCUUGGUGUAAUGAAACGUGUUACUACAACCUGUCCAGCUAUGAUAUAUCCUUCAGAAAUGAACUUAGCUGUACCAACCUAACAAAAGGUGCCAGUCUCAAGUCCCCCAGUGAUGAAUACUUCCAUGUCAGUGUUUUGGGUAUAACACCAGGCGUACAUGCGUUGGGAACCAUUAAGUGGGAGUUGGUUGGCUGUCUUGCAGUGGCCUGGGUUCUGGUUGCCAUCUGUCUAGCCAAGGGCAUCAAGACCUCUGGUAAGGCAGUAUACUUCACAGCAUUCUUUCCUUACAUCGUACUCUUGAUUCUCCUGGUACGUAGCCUCACUCUGGAUGGAUCUGUGGAUGGUAUUGUCUACUACAUCACACCACAGUGGGACAAACUUCUCAGUGCAAGGGUGUGGGGUGAUGCUGCAGUGCAGAUCUUUUUUUCCCUAUCUCCCUGCUGGGGUGGUCUUAUCACACUAGCUAGUUACAACAAGUUCCAUAAUAACACACUGAGUGAUGCUGUUAUUGUGUCUGUACUUGACUCGGUCACCAGUGUGUUUGCGGGAAUGGUCAUUUUUUCCAUCAUUGGUUACAUGGCUAAGGAGCUUGACCAGCCAAUCGAUCAAGUAGCAAGUGAAGGGGCGGGAUUGGCAUUUGUGGUGUACCCGGAGGUGGUGACUAAGUUACCUGUAUCACAACUCUGGUCCAUCCUUUUCUUUGCCAUGUUAAUUACGCUUGGUCUUGGUACACAGAUUGCCACGGUAACAACAGUACACACGACCCUUCUGGACCAGUUUCCAGAAAUGUUCCGACGUGGACACCGGAAGCUGCUGCUUCUCAUUGGGAUAUCGGUAGGCUGUUUCCUGGUUGGACUUCCCUUUUGUACUCAGGGUGGGAUGUAUGUGUUACAACUGUUUGACAAUUAUGCUGCCACCUACUCUCUCCUCAUUGUGGGGCUUACAGAGUGCUUCGCCAUUUCUUGGGUGUAUGGGGCAGAUAGAUUUCUCUCGGAUAUACAGCAGAUGAUAGGAAAACGACCUCACAACAUAUGGAAGUACAGCUGGUCAUACAUAGCUCCCUUGGCUUUACUGUUUAUUCUGGUUUUUACCUGGGCUGACUUCAAACCAACAAAAUACGAUGUCUACGUUUUCCCACCCUGGGCCGAAGGUUGUGGUUUUCUGAUAGGUUUUUCUUCUGUCAUCUUCAUCCCUAUAGUGGCUAUCAUCAAGGUCACUAGGGCAAGGUCAAAACGGCCGGACAUGUCUUUAAAACAGGUUAUCAAAAGUAUUUCCUGUUCCACAGAAGACUGGGGGCCCGCACUCAAGGAGCACAGAUCGCAGAGACAAGAACAAUACCCCACUGUAGAAACUUUUGAAUCUCAAGUACCUCUCACCCAACCAGUUCAGGAGAACACAAGUUUCUAA